AUGAAAGAGUCUAAACAAGCACAAACACCUAUAGAAGACCUAGCAGAAUUAAGAAGCUACUUCGCAAGUCACAAUGUCGUCCGGGAAUACAUAGCUCAUAGCUCUAAAGUGCAUUCUGUAGGUUGGUCUUGCGAUGGUAGACGAUUAGCCUCAGGAUCUUUUGAUAAAAGUGUAGCAAUUUUCAACUUAGAAAGAAACAGACUAGUUCAAGAUUUCAUUUUCAAAGGGCACACAGGAUCAGUAGACCAAUUAUGUUGGCAUGCAUCUCAUCCAGAUUUGUUAAGUACAGCUAGUGGAGAUAAAUCUGUCCGGAUAUGGGAUACACGAUCACAUAAGUGUGCAGCAGCAAUAUCAACAAAAGGGGAAAAUAUAAAUAUUGCCUGGUCACCAAAUGGAGCGACCAUUGCUGUAGGGAAUAAGGAAGACUUAGUGUCUUUCAUUGAUGCUCGGAAUUAUAAAGUGGUUGUUGAGGAGCAGUUUAACUUUGAAGUGAAUGAAAUCUCCUGGAGUAGCACCUCUGAUCUUUUCUUUUUGACAAAUGGAUUAGGUUGUGUUCAUAUAUUGACGUACCCAGGCUUAGAUCUCCAAACAGUUCUUAAAGCACAUCCCGGUACAUGCAUCUGUAUUGAGCAUGACCCCACCGGCCGGUACUUUGCCACAGGCUCUGCUGAUGCUCUAGUUUCUUUGUGGGAUGUGAAUGAACUGGCUUGUUUAAGAGUGUUUUCUAGAUUAGAAUGGCCGGUGCGGACCCUCUCGUUUAGUUUCGACGGCCGCCUGCUCGCGUCCGCGAGCGAGGACCACAUCAUUGAUAUUGGAGAUACUGAGACUGGUGAAAAAGUAGCAGAGAUUCCUGUCCAAGCAGCGACCUUCACAGUGGCCUGGCAUCCCUCCCGCUACCUGGUGGCCUUCGCUUGUGAGGACAAGGAGCCUCCAGAGAGGAAACGGGAUGCUGGUAACCUCAAACUGUGGGGACUCAGCAAUAGC